CUCAAUGUCGAAAGAGUUUCCCGAAGAAAUUCUUUGACCAAGAAAGAAAGCAACAUGCAGUCUAGGGACAAGGAAUUCCUCUCCGUUGGAGGAGAGCCUAGCGAUUCUGAAAGAAGAAGGAUGUCCUUCAGAGCAUCCGUCAGCUCAACUAUGCGAUCAGGGAAGCGCUCUCCUGCUCGAAAGAGGGGACAUGUCUUCAAGACUGCUGAUAAGCUCAAGUUCAUUGAAAGCAAGGGUGCUUUCAGAGACUUACUUGGGCAGAACAAGAUCUUGAAUGAUAAGCUACAAGAGAAGAUCAACUACUACUACACUCCUUACCAGAGGAAAAACAUGAACACACAUAACACCUUGAUGAGGUUCGGCACUAUAACCGAUCUCGGCCAGGAGGUCGAAGAGGACAAUAAAGGCCAGGAUCAGAACUACAGAAAUUUUGACAAACGGGCCAAAAGGAUGUGGAAGAACAUUGUCGAGUACGUCACGAGUAAAGACACAGAGCGGACUCGUCAAUUUUUAAGAAAUAUCAACCCAGAGUUGUAUACCAAACUGAAAAAUUUCGGUCAACAGUACUACAUCAGGGAGUUCAAGGAGGAUGCAAGGCGAGAAAGCUUCCCGGAUAUUGAGAAUCCCCAUGUCCUUGGUUCUAAGAAGGAGGACAUAUUACUCAAGUCUGAACACACAGAUAAUGGGAUUAAGGUCCUGAAGAACCAGAUUGAUAGUAAAAUAUUAACGUCUGGGUUUACUUACUGCAGUUCGAAGUCUAUUUCAAAGUCUCGUUCGAAGCCUAAUCUCAGGAAGAAAUCUGACAUUGUAACUCCUCUAGUCAUGCUUUUCAGAGGAAAUCAAGAGAUCAAAAAGAAGAAGCGGUUUUAUAGGAACAGGAGUCAGAACGAGAUUAAGGAAUUGACCACUAAGGAAGGAAAGAGAGAGCUCUCUUCCCUUUUCACCGAAUCUCCACAAGCAUUUACUAUUUCGAUGAAUCCAGAGACUAAGAAGUUGGAAUAUGAAGAUUCUCUGACUCAGAACCAUAAGCUCACUAUUCAUUCUGGUAACAAAACAUGAGCUAGAUCAAAGUUUUUCAAUAAGGAACUGUACAAAUCAGGUCGUAAGAAAUUCAAAUCUCACAUCCACACACCAAACAAGGUUUCAAAUAUUCCAAAGCCGAAACUAAAGGUUAAAACAAGUGAUUCUACUAAGCCAACUAUUAAUAACUAUAAAGUGAACUGCAGGGUGCCUCGUGCUCAGAGGUCAAUCAAGCGUGGUAACAAAAAGCCUCGUAAAACCUCAAAACCGCUUCUAAAAAUCUGUAAUGUAUCAGACUCUUGAUCUCAGAAUAGCUCAGCUUCAAUAAGUUCAUACUCUGAGCUGUAGCAUCUAAGCUUGCUUUGAUAAUCUUUAUUAUAGGUUUCUAGGUGUCCAAUUACGCUCUAAAACCAAAACUUGGCAAUUCUAGCAGAACUCAAGGGAGAAGUCUGAGCCUCUGGCUCAUGAUGAGCCAGAGGCAGGCUGAUAGCUUAGACUCCUCCUCUGCAUUAUAUUAGCAUUGCGAAGCUUUGGUUCUGGCACGUAAUUGGGACUUUAGGUUUCAAACCCUCAUUUUCAACGCCUGGAAAUCAAUU